CGAGUGUAGCGUGAGUCUCGAGGUUUCUUUCUUUUUUUCCUUACAAGGAAGUAAGACGAUGACCGUUGGUGCCGGAAUCAGCGUCACCGGCGACUCCGAUCUGGUGGUGCUAGGUAACCGUGUUCUUCGCGGCGUUCCAGAAUAUGUUUUAGUUACUCCAGCUUCAGGAAACUCGUUAAUCGGCGGCGCGUUCGUCGGAGUCACGUCGGAUCAAACAGGAAGCCACCGUGUCUUCUCCUUAGGCAAACUCGAAGGCUUGAGGUUUAUGUGUGUCUUCCGGUUUAAACUAUGGUGGAUGACUCAAAGAAUGGGUACUAAUGGAAAAGAGAUUCCUUGCGAGACUCAGUUUCUAAUCGUAGAAGCAAACCAAGGAUCUGAUCUAGGAGCAGAAGGACAAUCAGCUUCCUCGUACGUUGUAUUCUUGCCUAUUCUCGAAGGAGACUUCAGGGCUGUUCUGCAAGGGAACGAGGCUAAUGAGCUAGAGAUUUGCCUUGAAAGCGGUGAUCCAAGUGUUGACCAAUUUGAAGGGAAUCAUUUAGUUUUUGUGGCUGCUGGCUCCGACCCUUUUGAUGUCAUUACCAAAGCUGUCAAGGCUGUUGAACAACAUCUUCAGACGUUUUCACACCGGGAGAGAAAGAAAAUGCCAGAUAUGUUAAACUGGUUUGGUUGGUGCACUUGGGAUGCAUUCUAUACCAAUGUAACAGCCAAAGACGUCAAGGAAGGUCUUGAGAGCCUCAAAGCUGGUAGGGUUUCCCCAAAAUUUGUCAUAAUUGAUGAUGGUUGGCAAUCUGUUGGCAUGGAUGAGACUAGUGUAGAAUUUAACGCUGAUAAUUCUGCCAAUUUUGCAAACCGGUUAACUCACAUCAAGGAGAACCACAAGUUUCAAAAGGAUGGCAAAGAGGGCCACCGGGAGGACGACCCUGCAUUGAGUCUUGGACAUGUUAUCACAGACAUUAAGAGUAACAAUUCACUCAAAUAUGUUUAUGUUUGGCAUGCAAUAACAGGAUACUGGGGAGGAGUCAAACCAGGCGUUGCUGGUAUGGAACACUACGAAUCAAAGGUUGCCUAUCCAGUUUCCUCACCAGGAGUUAUGUCCAACGAGAACUGUGGAUGUCUAGAAAGCAUAACUAAGAAUGGACUCGGUUUGGUGAAUCCUGAGAGAGUCUUUAGCUUCUAUAACGACCUUCAUUCGUAUCUUGCAUCCGUUGGGAUCGAUGGUGUCAAGGUAGACGUCCAAAACAUUCUGGAAACUCUUGGGGCAGGACAUGGCGGUCGCGUCAAACUUGCAAAGAAGUAUCACCAGGCUUUGGAAGCUUCCAUUUCAAGAAACUUCCCUGACAAUGGUAUCAUCUCUUGCAUGAGUCAUAACACUGAUGGUCUCUACAGCGCAAAAAAGACGGCUGUUAUAAGGGCAUCAGACGAUUUCUGGCCUAGAGAUCCAGCAUCGCACACAAUCCACAUUGCUUCUGUUGCAUAUAACACACUGUUCCUUGGAGAGUUUAUGCAGCCGGAUUGGGACAUGUUUCAUAGUUUGCAUCCGAUGGCUGAAUAUCAUGCAGCAGCUCGCGCAGUUGGAGGAUGUGCCAUUUAUGUCAGCGACAAACCGGGACAACAUGACUUCAACCUUUUAAGAAAGCUAGUACUGCGAGACGGUUCCAUACUCAGAGCAAAGCUUCCGGGAAGACCAACCCGUGAUUGCUUCUUCAGUGAUCCAGUCAGAGACAAUAGAAGUCUAAUGAAAAUAUGGAACUUGAACGAGUUCACUGGGGUGAUGGGAGUCUUUAACUGCCAAGGAGCUGGAUGGUGUAAGAAGGAGAAGAGAUACUUAAUCCAUGACCAAGAACCUGGGACAAUAUCUGGUUAUGUACGAACCAAUGAUGUUCAUUACAUCCAUAAAGUAGCAGCCUUUGAGUGGACAGGCGAUUCCAUUGUCUAUUCCCAUCUCAGAGGAGAGUUAGUGUAUCUCCCCAAAGAUACAUCAUUACCAGUCACAUUGAAGUCACGUGAGUACGAAGUCUUCACAGUGGUUCCGGUGAAGGAAUUUUCAGAUGGAACAAAGUUUGCUCCGGUGGGACUUAUGGAGAUGUUUAACUCUGGAGGAGCCAUAGUGAGUUUAAGAUACGAUGAUGAUGGGACAAGAUCUGUCGUUAGGAUGAAACUUCGAGGGAGUGGUGUGGUUGGGGUUUAUUACUCCUCGUCAGUUGGACCACGACCAAGAACUGUUGUUACUGUGGAUUCAGAGGAUGUGGAGUAUGAGUAUGAACCGGAAUCGGGUUUGGUGACGUUUAUUUUAGGAGUUCCAGAGAAAGAAUUGUAUCUUUGGGAUGUGGUCAUUCAACUGUGACUUUCGAGUAUCGUACUCGGUGCUCUCAUGAUCUUUAUUAUGAUUCAUAUUGAUCUGCAUGAUGAAUUGUGUAUCAGUUAAUGUAUUCGUCUUUUUUGUUGUUGUUGUUGUAAUAAUAAGAAGAUAAAAAAGACUUUAUAUUAUAAUAGUAUCCACGUUGUAAUCGAAUCAGUAAAAAUAUGUAAUGGGGAUAACGUGAUGCGGUCGAUACUUCAAUUUA